GAGCAGGGAGGGGAGGUUUUACGCACAGCUAAGCACGGUGUGAACUCUGAACGCCAGGAGCUCACACAAACAGCAUCGGGCCAAUCAGAGGAAUAUUGAUCUAAAACGUUGAGUUUGAGCACAUCAUAACAGCGCGGUCCGGACAACUUGGACUCAGACGUUGCCAGCUGUGGAGCAAGGCCCAGUGGGUGGAUGCGUGUGUGUGCCUUAAGUGUGUGUUUUCUUACUUCUGUGCACCUUUGGGCGAGGCUUCUGUGAAGAUGAGGGCCAUCACACUGCUGUGUCUUCUGAUGGUUGCGGAGGCUGCAGCCUCCAGGUUCGUCCGUGACUCCCAAAGUGGGCUUGAAGCUUUAGAACCCACCAACAACAACGCAUCAGUUGUUCUUCCACCCUCGCAGCCGGGCCGACCACGGAGCUCGCACCCCCCCAUGUGCAUAAAACCCACGGAGAUCAAGCAAGCCUUCAAAUAUGUGAACACCAUCAUAUCCUGCCUGAUCUUUGUCGUGGGAAUCAUUGGCAACUCAACACUGCUCAGGAUCAUAUAUAAGAACAAAUGUAUGAGAAAUGGACCCAAUGUACUCAUUGGCAGCUUGGCACUGGGAGACCUGUUAUAUAUUGUCAUCGCCAUCCCCAUCAAUGUGUACAAGCUGUUAGCCGAGGACUGGCCAUUUGGCGUGUAUGUCUGUAAGCUGAUGCCGUUCAUCCAGAAAGCGUCGGUGGGAAUCACCGUCCUCAGCUUGUGCGCACUCAGUAUCGACCGCUACCAUGCAGUGACAUCAUGGAGCAGGGUGAAAGGGAUGGGAAUCCCACUGUGGAAAGCUGUGGAGGUGACACUGAUCUGGCUGCUUGCUGUGGUGCUGGCAGUUCCCGAGGCGCUCGCAUUCGACAUGUUGGAGAUACCAUACAGAGGCACCAAGCUGAGGGUUUGCCUGUUGCAUCCAGAACAGACCACAAGCUUUAUGAAGUUCUACAAGGAAGCGAAGGACUGGUGGCUGUUUGGCUUCUAUUUCUGUUUCCCUCUGGUCUGCACGGGAAUCUUCUACACUCUCAUGUCCUGUGAGAUGCUCAGCCGCAAAAAAGGCAUGCGCAUCGCACUCAAUGACCACAUGAAGCAGAGGAGGGAAGUAGCAAAGACAGUGUUCUGCCUGGUGUUGAUUUUUGCUUUCUGCUGGCUGCCCCUUCAUCUCAGCCGUAUUCUGAAGAAAACAGUCUAUGAGGAGGAUGACCCCGACCGCUGUGAGCUGCUCAGUUUCCUGUUAGUGAUGGAUUACAUUGGAAUCAACAUGGCCUCCAUAAACUCCUGCAUUAACCCGAUUGCCCUCUACUUUGUCAGCCAAAAGUUUAAAAACUGUUUCCAGUCUUGCCUGUGUUGCUGGUGUUACAGAACAUCUCAUCUGGAUGACCGAGGACGCUGGAAGGGCUCAUGCCACGGUAACGGACUAGACCGCUCCAGCUCCCGUUCCAGUCAGAAAUACACAAGCUCUUCAUAAAUGCAAACACACAGACACACUAAUUGCACACCUCCUCCUGUACACACCAGUGCUCCCAUCAGGGACAAACAGCAGUCUCAGUGCCGACAAACUGGCCUUCAGAUCAGAGUCAGAAGGGGAACCUGGAGUCACUUCUACAGGACUCGCCGCCGACUGAAAGACUCAAAGAUCAACCCCAAAAUGCUGAUGAAAUAAUGGAAGUGUGUCUCCUCAGGCUGUAAUAGUAAAUGCAAAAGCUUAGAUGAAACCGAUGCUACAUAAACACGUUCAUAUUCCUACGCUGAGGCCUCUCUAGAGGACAACUCGGUGACACUAAAAAUGCAUUUAUACAGAAUGUUUAUUCAAACCACUAUGUAAAUGUAUGUACAGUAUUAUUUACAUAUAGAGUGCAAACUUACCAUCAUAUUUAGCCUUAGUACUUUGUGUAGCUAUGAAUAAGCACUGAAAAACACUACCUGUUGAAGCUUUAUUACCUCACGGGGAAAGCUAGAGGGAAACUGUGACCCUUAGUAAUUUUACAAUGUAGCUUCUAUUUUUCUAAGAAAACAACACAAAGCACACGAAGAGCUUGUGUUACCUAAAGACGUGAGGUGUCCACAUGUUAUUAUUGCCAAAUAUUUCACCUCUAUCGGAGAGCAGUAAUGUUUCUGUGGCUGGAAAUUAGUCUGAAAAUGCUUUAUGAGAGCUGUUUAGGUAAUACAUUUCUGAGCCAUGUAAAAGCUUUUUGGAAGGAAAAAGAAAUUUGCUGGAUAAGCUGUAUGUAAGUGAAUGAUUUUAAAACUCACAUAACAAGGGAAGGUUAAAAAGUUCCACAACACAGCCCAUAAAAAGCUGAGGUCAGACAUGACUUAAAUGAGGCAUCAUGGACCUGUAACUUGUGCAGAGAGCAACCAUCGACUUUUGUUUCAAACAGACUCAGCUUUUAUGUUGAGGAUCGUUACUAGGAAUGACAGCUGGGUGCUCAGACCCAGAGACCAAACGGGAAAUUGCAGUGGAAGAGCUUGCAGCUUUGAACGAGGAGUGUGACCAGGAGCACACAUAUUCUUCUUAUUAUCAUUAUUAUCUAUUUUUUAAACAGUAAAUUAGUCUCCCAGGGUCAGACAGUCGAAGCAGGGCUGGGCUGUAAUGUCCUGAGUAGGGUUUUCGCGAUACUAGAAUUCCGACACUCAGGAAAAUACUCAAUACCUGAUGCUAUUUCUAACACCACAGAUGAAAAAAUGACAAAAUAGGCAUACUUCUUUUAAAAUAUUAGAACAAUGCUGGUUCAUGCAAAGGAUUGAACCACAGCCCUGUUCAUUUUCUGUGCUUCUGUUGACUUAGUCCCACGUUUUUGUUGCUGAACAGAGUUGAAGAGGUAGGCUGCCAGUGAGAAAUAAAACUGGGGUUUUUUUACACAAACAACUGUGCCUUCGUGUUAAAUUAACAGUCCAUUAACUUUACAGACAGGCAGGACUGAUAAAAUCUGCUGCCUAGCUCCAAAAUUACCGUUAAUAUUUCAUUAUUAGCCAUAGCUGCUAGCUUAAUGAUAACAGACAACUAACGUGGGUUAGCUGCUAACAGUUAAAUGGCUAAUGCUAACAUUUAUGCCAGUCAGAUUAAUGUUUGUGUUAACUAAGUAAUACUUAAUGUGUUUGAAACAGGAGUUUUACUGACCUCUCAAACUUCCUCAGAAAGACAGGAUAGAAGUCUUUUUUAAGAUGCUUUGCCGAGUCUGUUGAUGUGUUCAGCUGCUAGUGGGGGGAGGGGCCAUGCUGCAUGAAUUUGUCUGUCUAGACUUCUGUGGUGAGUCUUUGUAGAGCCUGCAAAGUCACCUGUGUAACUGACCAAUGUCAUUGCCAGCAUUUGUGUAUGUGCGAGUGCAUUACCUGUUAAUUACCCCGUGGCUGUGUCUCUGUUUUAUAUGCCAGCUAACAGAAACAAACGAAACCCUUUUUGAAGAAAAAUCUAAUCUAAUCUAAUGUCAUCUCACAAUGAGAAGGAUAUAGGUAGCUGAAAGUAAAGUGAAUACAAGCACUUAAUAAUCACAUAUAAAUCUAAUAUAAAAACUCCCCCUCAGAAGGAACGCAUUUAUUCUGUAUUCACAACAUUGUCACUUGGGGAGAAAAAAUUGCAUGUUACAGUUAGAAACACUUUCACUGUUCUCAGUAAUCGUGAAAUGUGCGUAUUCUGAGAAUCCAGACAACGUGUUUGAGGCCAUUUGGAAGAAUUAGAGCACACUGAAAUAUGUUUAUCAUUUUAACGCCUGGACACAACAUCAAUCAAGUCAGCUGAUCAUGCAGUAUGUGACUCAUUAAAAUCUAUUUCUUGCCAUUUUGAGCCUGCUUUUAGCUGCGUCUAAGUGAUUGUACAACUUUGUAAGUUUCCUUUGUAAGUGGGACCAACAAGCUGAGACAUGUCGGUAAUUUGACCUGGACGAUCAAGUUAAAUGUUUAUAUCCCCUUAUGUCUGAAAUCACAUUUAUAUUAGUAUGCAGUAAUAAAUAUCAUUUUAUAGCA